AUGGCCACCCAACAGCUCCCGGCCACCCAGCUCCCGGCCAACCAGCUCCCGCCCGUGCCGCAGCAGAUCGGCGUCUUCGACCAGCUCGUGGCCAAGCAGACGGAGACGCUGAUCCUCCGGGAGAAGGUCAUGUCGCUGUCGGGCGACAGCUUCGAGAUCAAGCUCGCCAGCGGGCAGCCGGUGCUGCAGGUCCGGGGCAGCGUCAUGUCGAUCUCGGGCCGCAAGUCCGUCUACGACAUGGCCAACACGCACCUGUUCGACAUCGUCAAGGAGCACAUGCACGUACACACCACCUUCGCCGCGAAAGAUCCGCAGGGCAAGAAGUUCCUCGAGGUGAGGAACAGCUUCUUCACGCUCCUCGGUUCCAAGGCCACCGCGACCUUCACCUCUCCGAGCACGGGCAAGGUCGAGACGCUCGUGAUGAAGGGCAACUGGCGAGACCGUGCCGAGAUCGUCGACGAGAGCGCCGGCAACGCCGUGGUGGCGCGCAUCGACCGCAAGCUCCUGAGCGGGCGCGACAUCUUCCUCGGGUCCCAGACAUACGCCCUCGUCGUCGCCCCGGGAGUCGACAUGGCCCUCAUGGCUGCGCUGGCCAUCUGUCUUGACGAGAAGAGGAACGAGGGCGGCGGGAGUAGCUUCUUUGGUUGA